AGGGACGUGUUCAUCGUCGUCUUCGUCAUCGUCGUCUAUGAGAUUACCAAAGUUCGUGGCCACCAUCCCGAAUGUGACUGUCACUGCCGGCCGUGAUGCCUCCCUCCCUUGUAUCGUUCAGGACAUCGGAGACUACCAGGUCACAUGGAUGCACCUGAACCGCGUCAUGCUGCUGACCAUCGACGAGACGACCAUCACGAUGAUCCCAAGGUUCCGGGUCAUCAAGGAAGACCUCAGUACCUGGACCCUCAACAUACGGGACGUCCAGCCUAAUGACACCGGCUACUACGUGUGUCAGGUGAACAUGGAACCCGUCAUCAACCAAGUGGGCUACGUUCAGGUGGUUGUACCGCCGCAGUUCGUGGACGAGGAGAGCAGCCAAUCACACGUGUCAGUACAGGAGGGGCAUGACGUGAAGCUGGUGUGUCGUGCCGAGGGCGUACCCAGCCCUAACAUACGCUGGACCAGGGAGGAUGGCCAGCCCUUCAGACCAUCUAGGGGGAAAAACCAAGUAGUUAAACAUGUUGACUCGGAGACGCUGGAGUUGCAGAGCGUCUCCCGCAAGGACAUGGGCGCCUACCUCUGUAUCGCCACCAACAAGGUUCCUCCCUCCAUCAGCAAGAGAAUCGUCCUUAAUGUUCACUUCCAGCCGCUUAUCACGGUGCCCAAUCAGCUGGUAGGGGCACCGGUGGGUACUUCCGUGACCUUGGAGUGUCAGGUAGAUGCCUUCCCCAACGCCGUUCAUUUCUGGCGCUUCAACAACCAGCUUCUCAUCAACUCAACCCGCCAGGAGACCCACGAGAUUCGGCAAGACUACACCACCACCAUGAAGCUCUCCCUCAGGAGCCUCCGUCACAAAGACUUCGGUUCCUACGUCUGCGGCGCCAAGAACUCCCUCGGUGAGACAGACAGCAACGUCAGGCUCUACGAGAUCGUGGUGACCAGAGGCUCAGAUGAGAAACAGGAACACUCAAGCCAAAGUAAUUCAGUACUGAGGCCAGAGCAGCAUAAUGAAGACCACAUCAUCGACUCAUGGCACAGGCAAGAGUUGGACUCAGACUCGCCCGGCUACACCUUGGAGGAGAAUGCCUUCAUGCGGGGCGGCGUUCACGGAAGCUCCCUGGGCGGCACGGGGCCCCUGGACGGAUUGGGCAGUGGUACCAGUGGGAGGACCAGCAUGGGCGCCACCACCUCCAGCAGCCCCGCCCUUCCUCGCCACACCAUUGGCGGGGUAUGGGCCGGCGUGUGGUGUAGUUGCUGCUUCGCCACACUCCGGCUUGGGGUAUCAACAAUGGGUUCUGCUCGACUGUGGGCAAGCGUGGGUCUCCUGCUGUUGUUUCUGCUGCAUGAGACUGCAACCCACGUGUUUAUAUUUUCUCGGCUUGGUACUGUAGGGUCGGCCCUCACCCAUGCCCAGACCCACACCUGACAGCCAACACAGUCCUACUCCUAAUGGGUCGUCACAAUCACUGCUUUCCACCCUCCUCCUGGACCUGUUUAUAUGACACAAUAAUAACAUCCAUCGUGUGCUUCUUUUUACACCCACUAGAGGACUGGUACAAGACACAGGUGCUGACGGGGAUGUUGAGACGAGCAGGACGACGCAGCAAUCCCUCAUAGAGUGAGUGAGAGAGGCAGCACUCCCUCUCCCGUCUUACAGAACAUGUGUCGUCAAGAACAGUGCUUGUGUUGAUAUUCGUAAUCUUUAAGUCAAUUAAUUCCUGACGAAGAAGUAUAUGCUUACGCUACAGAGUCUAUUGUAAAAAGUUAGUUUACCAGAAAAGUUUAACCUGAUUUUAACUUUUAAAAAGAUGUACUGGUUAGUGAGAUAGAAAUAUAUACCAGUCCUGUGUUAUAGCAGAACAGCGGUGUUGCAGACGAUGUUCACCACGGCUGACAGGAGUCGUGGUGUGAAUGACACAUUGUGACCUAAACACCGUUUUUUCAAUCAUAGUUUUCGAGCUGUAUUCCAUGCUUGUCGUGCGUGUAUACAUAACUGUUACCGUGUGGGCGGUGCCCUUAUCGUCACCCAGGAGGAGACGCUGGGGUCUUGAGGAACACUCCAACAGCUCCUGUACAGCGAUAAGGGUCCUGAGAGCCUUUGAUUGGAAGGCUGUAGCCACAAAGAUUUUGCUUAUAUUCUGUGAAUAAAUGACAUAUGCUUCUUGUAAAAUAGUGUUAGUUCACGGGUAGCGGUGGGUCUUAAGCUCUUCCUUCUCUCUUAACAACGGGACAAGAGACACCAGAACCCGGGGUACAUCGGCCUCAGAGCCUCAACACCCCGCCUGUGCAAUGUAAGUCAGUCCCUCACCCCUGACAAUCCACAUGUAAACUAUACUUAUAUAACCUUAUGCUUCCUAAGUCUGUGUAAAUCAUUCAAAAAUACCCAACAGGUCUUCCUCUGUAAAUCGAACGUAAAUACCCAAAAAAUGUCUAUGGUGUAAAUCGACGUUUUAUAUUGGCUACCCAACACCCGGCACCUUCGUCUGUGUAAGUCGGCCAACACCCUCAAGUACACCCCCACUGUGUAAACUGACCCAGGGCAACACCCUCAGUCUUCCCUAUACCAACUAUCUCAACAACCUAACCUAACCUCGGCGUACAGGAGGAGCCGUAGGACCCCUGAAUGACCCCAUCCUGCGUGUAGCCCGGGUUUGAUAUCCUUCUUCUGCCUGUUGUUUGGGCGUGUUACUCUGGUCCCAUCAACAGUUUAUGCCUCAUGUCCUUCUCUUGCUCAUAAUUUACCCCUGAUGUUCCUUUCUUUCAUGAAGUGUGGGCAUGAUACCUAACCUAACCUAAUCUAACCUAACCACUUAACUUAACCUAACCUAACCACUUAACCUAACUUAACCACUUAACGUUACCUAACUUAACCAAAC